AUGGCACCACAGCCCAUCUGGACUCCGGUCCUGCCAGCCGACCAGAUCCCUAUGAACGUCUAUCGCGAACAUGUCAACCGCAGGUUCAGUCUAAGUCUCCGCUCCUCGCACGAUCUACAUAGAUGGUCGGUCACCAGUCCGCAUGAUUUCUGGAUAGACCUGCAUGCAUACACGGGAAUUGUCCCGUCGCUCCCCGCGACAAUGACGCGCGCAUAUGAUCCCAACGUCCCCAUGAGCGCUGUUCCCAAGUUCUUUGAAGGCGCCGUCGUCAAUUACGCUGAGAACGUGUUCCACGGCAAGCGUCCUCAUCAAGCUGCGCUGAUUGGAAUCCGCGAGAAAGAGGAUAUAGCAGGCGAUGUCUGGACCUGGGCGCGGCUGCAGGAAACUGUGCGACAGCUUCGCAGCGCACUGCUGCAGAGCGGAGUGCAGGAGGGAGACCGGGUUGGUGCCAUCAUCUCGACGAGUGUUUGGUCUGUUGCGCUGUUCCUGGCUACUGCGUCGAUUGGGGCUGUCUGGAGCAGCAUUGCGCCGGAUAUCGGAGAGGAGGGCUGUGUGUCGAGGCUGGACCAGAUUAGUCCCAAGGUUCUUUUUGCCGACGACUGUUCGACAUUCAAGGGCAAGACGCGGUCGAAUGUCGAUAAAGUGCGGAAUAUCGUGGACAGACUCACGCACAAGCCUGAAUUGUUUAUCAUACAACUGUCCAAGGCUGCUCCCCCGUUUCCCACUCUUGACAGCUUUCUAGCACGAUCCAGGCCAGAUGAUGACCUGCAGUUUAAGCGCGUGCCAUACUCUCAUCCUCUCUACAUCCUCUACACCAGCGGCACAACCGGCGCACCCAAGUGUCUUGUCCACGCCCACUCGGUCAUCAUCCAGCACAAGAAGACCUCCCUCCUACACAACUCGCUAACCCAUGACGACGUAGUCAUGCAAUACAGCAGCACCUCCUGGGUCCUAUGGAACGUCAUGGUAGGCCAUUUAUCCGUUGGCCCAACACUGGUUGUAUACGACGGAUCACCCCUCUGGCCAAGUCCAAAGGCCAUGCUCAAAGUCCUGGAAUACCACAAGGUCACAUACUGGGGAAUAUCCCCUGGCUUCUUGCACCAACUCGAAAUGUCCGGAUCCAUCCCCAGGGACGAAGCAGACCUCAGUGCUCUCCGGAUGGUCCAAACCGGCGGAUCUCACCUAGCAGCAAGCCAAUACCACUGGUUCUAUCGUGCAUUCCCGAAAUCCGUUCAUCUGACAAGCGUCACUGGUGGUACAGACCUGGUUACGUCGUGGAUUGGAACAGACCCAGCAGGGCCAGUAUACCCUGGCGAGAUCCAGCUCCCGAUGCUCGGGCAGGACGUCGAUGUCGCGGACCCUUCGACGGGGAGAUCGAUCAGGGAAACUGGCCAGCAUGGUGAGUUCGUCUGCCGGACGCCAUUCCCGUCAAUGCCGGUGUUCUUCUGGGGAGAUCGAAACAUGACAAAGUACAAGGAGACGUACUUUGAUCUGUUUCCUCACUGCUGGGCGCAGCAUGACUGGGCCAGUUACAACCCUUCUACCAAGGGUUGGCAGAUCCAUGGAAGGAGUGACGGCGUUCUGAACCCCCACGGCAUCCGCUUCGGGUCGUCAGAUAUCUACUCCGUCGUCGAGGCCGAGCCCUUCAACAAAGUCAUCGCGACAACACUCUGUAUCGGGCGUCGUCGACCGGCUGACAACGACGAGACCGUAUUCCUCUUCGUGGUCAUGCACCAACCGCAUAAACUCUCUGAGGAGCUGAUCCGGAGAGUCAAGGACGCAAUCCGGGGCGGCCUCAGCCAUAGACACGUCCCGCGGUUCGUGAUAGAAGUCCCCGAGAUCCCAAUGACAGUCAACGGCAAGAAGAUCGAAACUCUCGUCAAAGGAAUCAUCUGCAAAGGACAACUACCGCCCAAGGCCAGCAACACAGUUGCAAACCCCGGCUGUCUACCCUCGUUCAUACAAUUCUACUCGCUAGAAGACCGCCAGUCAAAGCUUUGA